AUGAAGCGUCUCAGGACCUCCAGCAGCAGCGACACUUCUGACAAUGAGAGUCCCUCAACCUCCUUCUGCUCCAACAAAUAUGGCAGCAAACCAGGCACCCCUGCCGCUGACCCCAAGAAACCGGCUGAAGUGUUCCGAAAAGACCUGAUUAGCGCCAUGAAGUUGCCCGACUCGCACCACGUCCCACCGGAGGAAUACUACCUUCUCGCCGACAGCUGGAAACAAGAGUGGGAGAAAGGGGUUCAGGUUCUGGCCAGCCCGGACACCAUCCCGCGAGCGUCUGUCAGAAUCAUUGCGGAAAAGUCUAAAGAGAUUCUGUACGGGCACCAAAAGAAGUUCAUUCAGUGUACUGGGCAAGAGUCCACAGAACCAGGCUAUGUCAACAUCAAGGAGCUAGCAGAGGCCAUGUGUCGCUACGACCUAGACGACGUCGACAUCUACUGGCUGCGCACUCUCAACGCACAGCUGACAUGCAUGGGUGAGGACCCAGUGGACGAACUGACGAUGGAACGUGCCAUGGAGGCGCUGGAGGGCCAGUGCCACCACAACAUGAGGCACGCCAUCGAGACAGUGGAGGGUCUGGGCAUCGAGUACGACGAGGACGUGGUGUGCGACGUGUGCCGCUCGCCCGACAGCGAGGAAGGCAAUGAUAUGGUCUUCUGCGACAAGUGCAACAUCUGCGUGCACCAGGCCUGUUACGGGAUUGUCAAAGUGCCCGUCGGUAACUGGAUGUGCCGGACGUGCGUGCUCGGAAUCGACCCACAGUGUCUCCUGUGUCCCAAAAAGGGCGGGGCCAUGAAGGCGACUCGCGCUGGCACCAAGUGGGCGCAUGUCAGCUGCGCCCUGUGGAUCCCCGAGGUAAGCAUCGCUUGCCCCGAAAGAAUGGAACCCAUCACCAAAGUGUCCCACAUCCCACCGAGCCGCUGGUCGCUCAUCUGCAGCGUGUGCAAAAUCAAAACGGGCGCGUGCAUCCAGUGCUCAGUGAAAAACUGCACGACACCCUUCCACGUCACGUGCGCUUUCGAGCACAGCCUGGAAAUGAAGACCAUCCUGGACGAAGGCGACGAAGUCAAAUUCAAGUCGUACUGCCUCAAGCACAGCAAACCCAAAGCGGCAGGCGAGACCGGCCUGAGCCUUAGCCCGGCACGCGCCAAGCCGCCGCCCUCCGACUCUGCCAAGGUGGGCCUGCGGGCGCAGCGGCUGCAGGAGCUGGAGGAGGAGUUCUACGCGCUGGUGCGGCCAGAGGAGGUGUCUCGGGAGGCGGGACUCUCGCCACGCGUGCUGGACUUUGUCUACCAAUACUGGAAGCUGAAGAGGAAGAGUAACUUCAAUAAGGCCCUGCUGGCACCUAAAGAAGACGAGGAGAACCUGGUGCUGGAACCGCACCAGGACAGCAUCCACACGCGUAUGCGCAUGUUCAUGCAUCUUCGACAGGACCUAGAGAGGGUACGAAACUUGUGCUACAUGGUGAGUCGUCGCGAGAAGCUGAAGCUGCUGCAAAGCAAAGCCCAGGAGCAGAUGUUCAACCUGCAUGUCACCCUCAUCGGCCAAGAGAUCUCUGCCGGUGUGGCCAUUACCUCCCCGGUAGAGAGCGUCCUGUUCCGGCCUCCUCCCAGGAUCACGCUGAAGCUAAAGAUGCCCAAAGCCGCUAGCCUAACUAACUGCCACGCCGCGUCAAAAUCGGCAAACGGGCCUCUGUGCCCGGACAACAGCGGGAACUUGUCUGAGCGCUCUAUUGAAGGCUUGGGACAGGGCAAACCGCAGUUGCACGGGCACGCACGGCGGGAGGAACGUACCAACGGACGGGUGUCCGGAAAGCCCAAAACGGGGAAGCCGUUGGUGGGGAAGCCCGCGGCAGGGAAGCCCGCGGCAGGGAAGCCCGCAGCAGGGAAGCCCGCGGCAGGUAAGCCGAUGACCCUCCACUCGGCACUGCUCGGUCACUCGUCCAAUGGCAAAACGGAACAAGCGCGCACCUCCAAAAAUGGCCUCUUGGACAAACUCGUCGCGCAAAAAGACAGCUCGUGCCAGACGCCUGUAGAACCCGACGCGGCAAAGCAACCGCUGGAUAAAGGCGCUUUCGGCAUGGAGCAUUUCGGCCGCUCCUUCAAGGAGGCCACCAUGAACUUGGUACGGACCACCGAGGACAUGCGGGCCUCGGACAAGCUAACACGCAAGGACAAACUCUGGCCCAAGCCCGUGUCGGCAGCCGGCGCGCGAUUGUACCACGACAGUGACGGUUAUUGUCCCGACGUGGAGCUCAGCGACUCGGAAACCGAGGCCAAGGGAAGACACCGGCGCCCCCCGAAGGGUGGAGGCGGUCGGGGGCGCGGCAGGCCACCGGUUGGCACGGCGUCGCACCUCGUACGAAGGUGA